AAACUGAGAACUGAGAGAAGAACAAUUCCUGUUUCUCCUCUCUUUUGCUGCCUUCUUAAAAACUGGUGUUUAGAAAAUGGAAAGAUCGAUGAAGCAUCCAAGUUUGAUUUUUUUAUUUUUGUACUUCCUUCUUGGACUAUUAAAACUUAAGUAAAAACAAAUAUAAUACAAAAAAAAAAAAAAAAAUCUUGUUUUUCUCCAUGUAAUCUUUAGGGGGCGGGGCUACCGUUGCCAAGGUGACACUUCCGUCAACUGUAUGUGUUUCUUCCAGAAAAGAUUGACACGGAGACGUAUCGACCUUCGCUUCUGCUCGUUUCCUUUCAUUUGUGGACAUUAGAUUGUGGUGAUCAUGAACGCUGAAUCUUCUUCUCCGACGGGGAGAAAACAGGAAGAUCUUCAGCGCGGCGGGAGUGAGCAGGGAGCUGCUGCUUGCAGCUCAAAGGACUCAAGGUCACGCGCAGAGAAAGGCUCACACAAAGGGAUUUUUGCUGUCGACCAAGAGGCCAAAAUGGAGACUACCACCACUUCCAAAGCAACCUAUGUGGCUGCACAACGUCCAGGAGGAAGAAUGCUGGGCACCAGAAGAGAGCUUUUGGAAAAACAAAUCAUCCAAAUGAUAAGAGAGGAGAUGCAAGCUGAGGUCAACAUACCAACACCAGAAACAGAGCUCUGCUCCACAACCCACAGGGACUACACCAUCCCUGGAUAUGAGCCCUCCAGACCAAAAGCUGCACAGAUACAUGAUUAUAAAACUGAUGAGGCUAUUACAUUUUGGAGUGAAAACUACCAGCAGAUCCAGUGUGUUAUGUGACAGGGCGUGACCCCAGUGCGGACCCAAAAAUCCCCAUUCAGGAAGUCAGCGCUGUUCAGCACCCCCAUCAGCGAACGACUGGAUGAAAUCGACCUCCCACUUGAAGACUGAGCAGUGCCUCGUAUUUUCAGCUUUGUAAUUCAACUAUUCUUUUCAGAGCACUUGUUGAUGUAGUGACCCACCUGAUCUUGUGGAUGCAGGAGCUGUGGAGUAGGACGGGUUUGACACAGAGGACACAGCUACUCUUCUCUCUUUUCAUAGAUGUAUUGGAUUUUUUUUAAUGGAAAACUUAGUUGUUAAUAAACAUCUGUAAUGAAAGGUUUCCCUU